AUGGUGCCUCUAUACUUGGGUUGGUCCAAGUUGAGUGGAAUGCCUGAGGUGAUGGCUGUGGCUAGGGGUGGUGCAUUGAAGCAGUUGCUGACUAAAGUCACCAAGAACUCGCCCAAGAAGUGGAGGAAAUCUCGCAAGCAGAGCUAUUCCACUUACAUGUACAGGGUGCUGACCCAGGUCUACCCUUCUAACAGGAUCUCAUCCAAGGCCAUGAGUGUUAUGAAUUCCUUCAUUGUUGACAUUUUUGAGCCAUCGCCUCUGAGGCUUCACACCUCAUUCACUAUAACUAGCGCCACACCAUCUCGGCCAGAGAGAUCCAGAGCGCUGGCUGACUCAUGCUGCCAGGGGAACCGGCCAAACAUUAAGUCUCCGAAGGCACAAGAGCAGUCACCAAAUACACCAAUUCUGUUUAGGUCGAUUAUUCUAAAGAUUAUAUCCAUUUUAUAA